AUGACAAAACCAUAUCUAUUAUGGUCACUGGCCGAUGAUUUUUCUAUUAAUAAUACUAAUCCUUCUUCUGUAUGGUCUUAUGGAUAUAAGAAAGACACUACUGGGUCGCUCACCUUAUUUACACAUUUACUUGCAGACCCACAUAACACCAAUGUAUAUGCAUGGUUCGAAUCUGGUGUCGACUGGAAUACUCCUGGACAGUUUUCGGUGGCGAGAUAUACUGCUCCGAUAGAUGGGAAUUAUAGCCUAACUGCAAUAUUCUCCCAUAUUGAUAUCGAUGUUAAUACAACCAAUGCAUCAACAGGAGUUUAUAUCAUAUGUAACAACCUCUAUAAUCUUUUUGACGAUAUCAUAUACGGGAUGAAGG